AUGAAGUGUAUCCUAGCUGGGGUAUCCAGCGUAUGGUCACCGGUACGACACGCUUCAUCGCUAAUUGCUCAGGCAACGCAUGAUCGGAGGCAUGUUCGAAAACCUACGGGAGCUUCUUCCUGCCGUUCUGAUCCUACUACUUCUACACAUCCGACUACUCUCUGUUAUUUGAUUUCACUAAUGGAACACGCUCAAACAUCUCACAGCUUAUGCCUGAUGUGUCUCGAAGGUUCCGACUGUGAAAAGGAUGCGAGCUGCGCGGAAUGUUCUGGCGUCGCGUGUACCAGGAUCACCUCGUUCAAUUUAGAGGACAAUCGUGAAGUGGCGCUCACUUGUAUACCGUAUGAUACUAGGACCUUCGGAAGAGCGCAUCUGGAGGAGUCCGGAUGUCGUCGUGUGGAUGAUCGUCAAAUAUGUGUUUGCUACUCAGGGGAUUACUGUAACUCUGCCAACACAUUAAUACUUUCUAUUUACGUAUUGUGUAUUUUUUUGAUGAACUUUUAA